UUUAGCCCAAAAUAUCUAAUUAACUUUCACAUAUAUUACAUGUAGAACCUACAAGUAGGGCAGCUUCGGGCUGAUAGUCCGUGUAGUAGAGGUGACCGCAUGGUAACAUUCUUUUUCUCCUUGUUCGAAGUCCUCGAGACAUAUGAUGCACAAAUGUACUGCGACGAGGUGGUAUAAAUCAUCUUCAACACUCUUUUGAAUCACAUUAUUAUGCUGCAACAUUGUACGAAGGAAAUAAAAUAAAAAAAAUAAACAAAUGAAAAAAGUAUAUCACGCCAAUGUAAAAAUGAUAAAAUGUUAUGUAUCCCUCAUUUCUUUAUAUAGUUAAGAAUCAAACAUGAAAAGUGUGAACCUUGCAACGAAACAAUAUUCGUAAAUUACAAAUGAACAAAAAAUGAUAAAGAAAAUUGUCCUCGAGCUUUGUAGGCUCCUCGACAACGCGUUAGUUAUUCAUGGUGCCACUGACUGUUCAGUAGUUUUGGCAGACCAAGUCUGCAGCUAGCAAUCAGAACUUUUACUCUGUUCUAUGUAUUUUGAACUUUAAUUUUUUUAUUGUAUUAAUCUUGUAUUUGUUUUAAAACUUUAGCAUAUAUUCAUAAAAAAAAUUUACAACUGUAAAAUUUGAUAUACUAGAUAUUGUAAAUACUGAUGCAACUGUGCAGUUAUGUUAGCACGGAAACACAACUGUUAAUACAUUAGUGGUGUGGAUUGUAAAAUUUACAAUAUCAUGCACGGAUUACCUUCCUGUGAAUCCUUCUGCAAUGGAGGGUACUUUACAGGUUUGUUUCCACAUUUCAAAAUUUCCACAUUAUGUUUCUGGUCAGUUUUCAUAACUAAUGAUUAUUCAUCUUCAGCCUGUUCUUGGUCCUGACUCGAAAAUGAAGGAGCCUGAGAGUAAUGUGCUUCGUGCAUCCAUAGAGAAUAUGCAAUAUGCUGUCACAGUUGAUGUUCUUCAAACGGUGAGACGUUUUUCCCAUCCUUCUGUUUAUAUCUGAUCCAGGGCUAAAAAGAUGGUGAUGCCAAGUCUCACAGGUGAUAAUGCUCUACAACAUCAUUACUUGAAAGUUUGUUAGCAUGGAAGCAUAACUGAUGGAGAGGUGCUCACACGAAUUAGUAUUCUACCCAAAAGAACAGGCUUCUCCAUCAACUGUGGCCUACGUUUUGCCAACUUCUGCAUGGAAGCCUUGUACAUUUACUGUUCGGCAUAGGUUUGUGCAGCCUAAACAGAUGUACAUUUGGCUUCGUUUGCUCGAGCUCCAAAAUCCUUCCACAAAUUUGUGUCUUCUUCCUAUAAUUCUACAGUCAAUGCUCCAUCAUGGACUUGUUAAGCUUUUUAGGCUCCAGAAUGCAAAACUUGGUGCUCCAGGUUACUGAAGCAACUGAAGAGGAAGAAGCAGGGAUUUGGAAUCAAGAGUCAAGUUAUUGUCACGCAGGCUGUUGCUUGGGCCAUGGUUGAAAAUGUCACCAGUUCUUGGCUAAGCUGCACUGAUGGGAAUAUUGUUAACUACUAACAAGCAAGUACAAUGUUUGCAAGGUUGCUUUACAUUUGAUAAGCAACACACAUGGAUUGACAACUUACAAGUGACUGCUAGGGUUUUGGAAGGAAAAGGAUGCAUUCGAGUUUCUUGGUGGGUACUUGGGACUUUUUCUAACAAAGUACACAAUAUAACAAAGGUAAAGGGGCAGGAGAAAGAAAUGGUGCCUCCUUUUAAUUUCUGGACAUGAUUGGAGCUCCUGAUCAUCCAUAUACAACAGAUGUCAUUUAUGGAGCUUGCACCAAGGGAAAGAACAUGAAAGGUGAAUGGAAGUGGACCUGAUCGAUACUUAUCUUCCACAGGGUACCUUCCAUUAUUUGUUCUGGCAGAAAGAUGCAUCUCGUUGUUGCUGCUGCUGUGGAUAGACAGGUCAGCUUUACGAGAGAACCACAUGGGACGGUAAAUUUCUUGGGAUGAAUAUUUGGCGUGCAAAUAUAUUGUCCCAGUUGAGGUUUUCUGAAACAGGAGACAGGCCGUGCCAUUGACAAGAAAUGUGGGCGUAGGCCUCUGCAGAGCUCCUACUACCAGACACCUACCGCUUCCAAGGAAGACACAGACAAGUAUCGAUAUAGCUGGAUUCAGGCCUUCAACUCGAGCGUGCGGUAGUAGGACAUCCACACGUGCGCCACGGAGUCUGCAAGCUCGUUGAAGAGGAGGUAACUGCUAAAACUGUUGGGACAGUGGAGAAGCCAAUGUGACCAUCUCCUAUAUAUAACACUCGUGCUGUGCUGAGUCUUAUAUGCUGUUCAUGAGCUCUCUCUCCAUGAAUCCUUCUUCUGCGGUGGAUAGCCGUUCACCACAUGAAGUGGGUGACAGCCACGCUGAAGCCACUGCAGAAGGCAACGCAUCGGGAGAGACCGCAAAUGAGGGCGGUGGUCAGUCGAGCUUUUGUGCUAGGAGUCACUGGAGACCCGAAGAGGACUGCAAGCUGAGAGAACUGGUAGCCCUCCAUGGCCCCCAGAACUGGAAGCUCAUAGCUGCCAAGUUACAUGGUAGAUCAGGGAAGAGCUGUCGGCUGAGGUGGUUCAACCAGUUGGACCCCAGGAUCAACAGGAGGGCCUUCAGCGAGGAGGAGGAGGAGAAGCUGAUGGCUGCUCACAGACUGUACGGGAACAAAUGGGCUAUGAUUGCCAGGUUCUUCCCUGGUAGAACUGACAACGCCGUGAAGAACCAUUGGCAUGUGCUCAUGGCCAGAAAGUACAGGGAGCAGUCAAGUGCUUGCAGGAAGAGGAGGCUCAAAAGAAUGGAGGAAGCCACACUGAACACCAGUGGGGAGGAAGGGUCUUACGAUUUCCUUUUAGUUGCAGGAAGCAAUGUCCCUAGUAACACGGGGUUCUGUAGCAACAACAGUGUGUUCUGGGGUGGACCAGCAGAUGACUCCUCGAGGUUUCACUCCUCGCCCGUCUUGAUGACGGCAACAUGCUACCACUCUGACAUAUCAAGAGUUUCCUCUACUGAAUCACCACCAUUCACCGAGAGCACCAAUGUCUCACCACCUUUCAUAGAUUUCCUUGGAGUGGGAGCCACUUGCCAUGAUCCAUAAGACUGAUGGUCGAUAGAGAUGCAGCGUAUGCAAAGAGAUCAAUCGACCAUUCGGAUUGCAGGAAAGAAAAGCAAUUGUUCUUCUGAUCACAUGAAGAGAGAGAAAGAGAGAGAGAGAGAGAGAGAGAGAGAGAGAGAGAGAGAGAGAGAUUCUUAAAAUGAAAAGCUGAGCUUUUCCUGGUAGUACUUUUCUGCACUUCUACGCAAGCACAGUGGCUAUUGAGUUCUUCCAUGCAACCCAGAACAGAAGGGCCACAACCAUUGCAUAUGGAAAUGGCACAUUUCUUCUUCCUGAUGGCAACAUGUCAUGACAAGCAAUUAUGAGUUAUGAAAUGUCAACUGUUCUUUCAGCACACUAAGCACAAGGUAAUGAAUUGCUCAAAGAAAAAUGUUCAUGUUCUGGUGGGUUUCUCAGUAAACACCUAUGCCAUUAGUGAAACUUUGUUUGGCAGAUUGUAUUCGGUAAAGAACUGUUAUUGAGUUUGUGGGAGAUGAAAGGCACAUCCGCUGCCAAGAAUUACAUAGAAACAAACCUGCAAUUUAUGCAUGCAUGUAACAUGUAUUUACUCUCCAAUUUAGUUCCUGACUUAAAUAAUCUUAUUUCUAUAAUUGAAGAAGGAUUAGAGAUGAACAAUCUUUUCAUCGUAUCAAGAUUCAUCCUCUCGACAAGAUCAAAAAAAUAAAAAAAAUAAAAAAAAAUUCUUUCUUCGUAUUCCAUCCGGUUCUUGUUGUUCUAAGUUACGAAUUCAAUUACUUCGAUCCACGGCCGGCACUUAAUGGCUCUGGUUUGGGGUUAGCAGUGUGGAGGUUGCCGAUGACAAGCCAUGUGAGAACAACUAAUGCUUAGUUGUGGAACAGGAACGCAAACUGCACACCAUGUCCAACAGUUGACUCUAAUCAUACUUCUCUUGUUUCUUCCAAGCAGCUUCAUGCUGUGAAGUCGACGUCGAAGAAAGCGUUCUUAGUUAUCUUUCUGCACCACCUCCACACUGCUCCGCCGGGACCUGCCACCCUCUCCCUCGUCCCUGUUGUCUGCAGGAAACAUCCUUAAGUAGGAACCUGAGGGACACGUC